CACUGUCCAGUAGUAAAUGCCAUCAGGAAUUUUAAUUGGUCUUAAUUGCUCCGCAGUCCCUCCCAAACAGAGUGUCCAGCCCCUGAACAGACGGGUCCAAACAUCUGUACGGCAGACAGGACAAAAAGAGCCUGGAUACAAUGGAAGUGAAGGUGUCAGUGGACGGCGUCCAGCGUGUGGUCUGUGGAGUUACAGAGGAAACAACAUGCCAAGAAGUGGUCGUAGCGUUGGCUCAAGCCAUGAGUCAGCCCGGACGCUACAUUUUACGGGAGAAAUUCAAAGACUUCGAGCGGUGCAUGACCGCCGACGAACGCCUUCUGGAGACUCUUGAGAAAUACGGCGAACAGGCCCGGGAGGUCCAGCUCACCCUGCUCCACAAUGGACCCUGUGUCUGGGAUGAAAUGAGCAGAACAAAAGUUGGCAGAUACCAACCUUGCCCGCCCCUGAGAAGGAAGGAUGCAGCGGCUCGAAUGCGGCGAGGCAGCGGUUCACUGAGUUUGCAUCGCCAGAGCUUGCCGCCGUUGCCUUGCUCAAGGCAAGAAGCUGAGCCACAGAAAGAGGAACUGAAGAAGCCUAAAAGAAAGUCUCUGACGCUCAUGGAAGAGGCCUGGGAAUGGCUGGAGAAUCUGGGGAAAGGCAAGGUCUACAGAACUGCCUGUGACAAGAACAGCAAGAGAAUCGAUAAAAGGAACCAUACCUCCGUCGAUGUGUCUCUCACUGUUGACAAAGAUAGCUUGGGUCGAAGAAGUAGGAUCAAAGUCAGAGGUCAGAAAAGCAGCAAGUCAGACUUGGAUAAUCAAACAUCCUGCUGCAUUGGAAGUCAGACGAGGGGUAAAGAAAGCAAACGCUGCAAGAAGAGUAAAGAGGCAAAAGCUGAUGACCUUUGCCGUUCAAGCGUAGUUACAGCUGAAGAUGAAAAAAAUAGUCUCAAAGAAACCGUCAUUCGUCAGCUCAGUUGUUUGCAGGAUUUGCAGGUCCAGACAGCUCACAUAGACAAACUGAUUUUUGAGCUUGAGGAGAGACAGAGGGCCAAAAGAGCUGAGCAGGACGCCCAGCAGAGACUGGCUGAACAGGAGAUGGAGCAGAUCAAGUUUUGGGAAAAUGAAUUAAAGGCGGAGGAAGGUCAUGAGAAAGACUUGCAGAGACAGUUCCUUGAGAUGAGGGCGAAGGCCGUUGAGUGCAAAACCAAACUGGAGGAGUACAAGUGCAAAAUGCAGGGGCUUGAUUUCUUUGCCACUCAAAACGUUGUUGAAGAGGAUUCAGAGAUGAUUUCAAGAGUCGAUGGUGGUGCUGCCACUGAGUUUUCCUCUAAGGACGCGUAUCAGCAACGAUCUGAUCCAGAUGGGGAUGUUUAUGUUAACAGGAAGUUCCUGCCCAGAGAAGACUUCGACUCUCCUCGCGCACUGGUUUCUCCCAACCAGAUAAAGGAGAGGCGGCCCACAGGUCCCACAGAGCUCAGGGAGUGGUGGACACGCUGGUCUGACGCCCAAAACACUCAAUUACAGACUAAAAAGGUGAUUCACCGCUCUGAACUCACAAUAUAUCUGGGUAGUACUAAGGUUUAGUAGCAAAUAAACAGUCACUGAUACGAAGCCAGUAAAAUAUGAUGAAUGCUUUAUUGUAUGACAGUUUGUUUUAUUCUUUAAACCAAUUUUUCAUUAGCAUUUUGCUACUUUUUGACCUUAAAAUAGCAGUUUCCAAAUAUGUUUGAUGGCACACUGACUUGGAAUAAGGAGAAUGGUGCUGCUUUCAUUCAGACUCCUCUGAACGUGUGUUCUUGCUGAAUGUAACUGUGGUGAGUGGAUGCGAUGAGUGUGGAACUGACUGAUUGUCAUAUAGCUUCAAUUUCCAAAUUCAAGAGUAAUGCUGAACUGUAGAUCAGUUAAAAACACGUAGAAGUGGUUAAAAAACAGCGAGGAAACUUAUAAAAUAUGAAGAAUUCUGAACAGAGUUUUGUGUAUUUGUCACAACAGCAGCUCCUCUAGUUCAAGCAGCCGGGAAUCAUGGGUAAUAUCCAUCCAGUUGGGUUGCGGUUCAGUAAGUGGGACUACACAGUCAGAGCUCCAAUCAACACAUUGAAAGGUUUUGUUUUUUCUCUACAUGAAAACAACUCAAUCGCUCGGACACAGAGCCAAAGAGAAUUAAACAAGUGACUGCAGAGGGCGCUGUUGUUCAGUAAUAGUUACAUAGUGUUUCUUUAAUUUGUACUGAGUGUAUGAAUGACAGAUUGUAUAUCUAGAGUAUGUUGCUGCGAUGGAGCCCCUCAAUAACCCUCAUCAACCCAGCCCUCCCAGGGUUUGCUCCCUUCUGUGAGCCCCCUCGUGCAUAAAAUGGCUCCAUGUCAGAAGUGACACCAUGUGGCCACAAGCAGGGAACAAGGGCAGGGGGUCAGCUGAGGUGGAAAUCAAACACCCGUCACAUCAGGAAGUCAUUAGGGACAUAGGAUAACUUAAAAUUAAAAAAAAACACAAAACACAAAUUAUUUUAACUUUUCACAAAUUUAAAUGUGACAUUUAUUAUGUUUAUUUUACUGGAUUCUUCAUGAUUGCUGUGUAUUCAACCUUAAAUUGAAGUAAAUAAUGGAAUUCUUUGUACUGUACAUGUUAUUGGGCAGCUGCACCCUGGCCUCAAAGCUGUUUCCUCUGUUCUGGCAAAUAAACAGUCACUAAUACAAAGCCAGAAAAACAUACUAUGAAAAUAUGGUGAGUGCCUCAUUGAGUGACAGAUUUUAUUCAGUGCUUUGUAUUGAAAGUCGUGAUGUCUUACUUUUAGUAAUUUCAUAACUUCCAUCUGUGGUUUUUCUUACUGUCAGAAGUUAAAAUGUCCUCUUUGAACACCUUUCAGUUGAAGCAUUGGGCUACAAUGAAAUCUGAGAUUUUGAUAAUAAAAUGGUAACAUUACUACAAUAAAGUCAUAA